AUAAUAAAUUCCCCAAACGCCACAAACUAAUAUAAAAAAUUGGACUCCAAAAAUUGGGAUCUAAAUAUGUUCAUCAAUAACCCCCAAAAACAGCGUUAUUAAUGAACAAAAAGGUAAAAGAAAAUACAUAACCCCAGAUAAAUCACAAACCAGAAACCAUGGAGACAGUCACGCCGGCGGAGAGAAGAAAACUUUCCUUUAGAUGCUCAUGAAAGAAAAGCUGAUGUUUUCUGCCAUUUGUAGUUUUGAGCAGUAUGUUUGUUAUAGUCUACUUUGUAUUUUUUAAAUGUAUGUUGACAUCAAUUAUUCAUUAUAAUUUUCCCUAGAUUCCUUAAUAUGCUUUGACAUAUAACUUUUUUUUGAUUGAUGCCAGCACGUUUAAACUUCAACUUGUAACAUCCUCUGAUAAUUUAUCAAGUCGUGCAUGUGCUACAUAUUUUAGAAUAAAAGGGGCAAUUGACCAUUAUUAUCAUCAUUUAUAUUUUCAGUACCUAAGGGGAAAAAAUAUAUAAUUAACUAUACUAGACAGAGAAAAUGGUCAUCACGAUUAAGAAGUGGAUGGUCAUGCUGGCAUGCUACACAUUCUUUACAUUCUAUGCCUCUUCUUUAUAAGUAGUCAACACCCUUUGGCGUUCCACAAGUCUUGUGUCCAGUUUCUGAUACACAAAUUCCUAUUAUCAAAAAGCAUGAAAGAAGGUGAUUUCCCUAUAAGAAUGAUGAACGAACACAGGAUUUCACUCAUGGAGAGCUUGCAAAAAGAAAAGCAGAUUAUGGUUGAUCCACUUUCAUUACAUGAUUCUCCUAUUCCAACUGUUAUCACAACUUCUGCAGCCACUUUUUUGCACCCUCCACCACUAAAACCUCCAAAACCAAGUUUCUUAAGCUUGAGUCUCCCAAAUUCAGCCAACACAUCACCUCGGUUUGCUUCAGCUUUUUCCAAGAAGAAAUCAAAAGGAGAGAGCCCGGAAUCACAAUGUCAAGCUAAUAACUUGACACACAAGCUUCGGCAUUUGCAACAGGAAUUCCACUUACAGAAGAGCAAGUCAUGUGGUGAAGGAAGAGCAAUUGCACCCUCGGAUGAAUUUGAUCACUGGUUGGCUGAACUAAGUGUAGUGGAACAUGAUAAAAGACAUUAUGUUCAUGGAAGCUUCUCAAGAACUGAAGCUGUUAAAGAAAGUCCAAAGAGUGUUAACUACAUGAAAACACCAGAUGGUGGAUUCAAAUGCAGUGCUCUUUGGCUUUGCUUGUAUCUGCCAGGCUUUGGUGGUAAAAUAAAGACAGUUAAAACAAGAAAGGAACAAUCAGAAAGGGAGGGUGUAAUUUCUAGGACAAUGUCUUUGGAAAAUUUUGAAUGUGGUUCUUGGGCUUCUGCAGCAAUGUUCCAUGAAAGUGAAGGACACUCCAGUAAUGCCUACUUUGAUCUUCCAAUAGAAUUGAUAAAAUGCAGUGCCAGUGAAGUAUGUUCUCCUGUUGCUGCAUCUUUUGUCUUUGAAAAAGACCUUAAAGGGGUUCUGAAAAAUGGUUCCUCUAGAGCCAGUGCUAGGAAAUCAGAUGCAUCACCUCGCCACGUUCGGUUUUCUACAUCAUCUUCUGUGUCUUACCCUGCCUCUCCAGCAUCCUGCAUCAGUCCUCGUUUGAGAAAAGCCAGAGAAGAUUUUAAUGCCUUCUUAGCAGCACAAAGCGCAUGAGAGUGAUGAAGAUCAAACCUAUGGAAAUAUGGAAUGUAGAUUAACAAUAUAUAAUCAGAAAACUUCAUUUGUAGCUGGUUCUGUUACCUUUUUAUAAACCUUCCUAUGUGGCCAAUGUUUGCAAUGUUGUGAGUUAUUGGAUUGUUUAUGAAUUUGUGCAGAAAUUUUGAUGUCACCCUUCCACAAGUAAAUCUAUAGGUUAUAAGUAAAUAUGAGUUU